AAUUAGUGAGCCCCCACUCUUUAAUCUUCUGCCAAACCAGUUCGUUUUUUUCCCCACUUCAUUCCUUCCCCUAAGCAUACGCAAUCCGUUGACCUGUUUAGUCAAACUAUCUUAUUCCACAUCGCAUACAGUACGCCGCAAUCCAUCAGAUCCCCACCCCCACCUUCAACCAAUUAGAUGAACAUUUUUUUCCCUUUCUCAAAACGCGCUGAUCAUCAGUUCAUAUAAUAAUCAAAUCUUGAUUCAGAAUCCAGAUUACGUCAAAUUUAAAAAAUUCCACCCAGACAUAAUUGAAAAGAAUUCCGCUUCACUGAAAAUUUUCUCAACUUUCCGGCGAUGGAUUUUUGGCAAAAAGCUCGAAACCUCGCCGAGGAAGCGGCGAAACGGUCUCAGGAGCUGACGAACGGAAUCACCGUUCCGACGAAACUGUCCGACGUCGUUUCCGAAGCUUCGAAGCGUUCCAUUGAGAUCGCCACUGAGGCGUCGAGGAAGUCUAAGGAGAUUGCCGCCGAGGCACUCAAACGCGCUGACCAGAUCAAGUCUCAGCUCCCUCCCGCAGCCGUGGCAUUCUCCAGCCUCGUCGAUAACAAUUCUCCGCCUGCGGCUCCGGAGGUUUCUGAGGCUGAUCUGGAGAAGUUUGGUGUCACGGAUGACUUGAGAGAGUUUGUUAAGGAGAUCACUUUGAAUACAUUCCGAGAUUUUCCCCUUGAAGAUGUUUCUGAAGUUUCUGAUGUUCCGGCAGUAUCAAAUGUGAGACAGGAUCUUACUGAAUGGCAAGAGAAGCAUGCAAAACUUGUUUUGGCGACUGUAAAGGUUAGAUCCAAUGUCCAUGUGUUUCCAGACUUGAUAUACCAACCCCACAUUGGCUUGUUGUUGUUUUUGUGGUGUUGCUUUUGUCAUUGCUGGUAUGAAGAAAAACUGCAAAUAAGGACAAUAUCAUCAUCCGCAAAAGUCAAACUUUCUAGCUCACAUCCACUUUCUACCGGCUAAGAAUGUCCUACCGUAAAACAUAGUCAGUCCAUGAUAAAUUGAUAAUGUUGCUUUGGUGAUCUUUUGUCCAGAAUAAAGAGCGAUAAGCUUUAGAAGCUUUAACUCAAUAUUAAGCAUAAUUAGGUUCACUUCAUGCAAAGUCUUUGUGUUCUCCUUAGCUAGUUGAGGAGCUUGGUGAACUGUUGUGUUGGUUUGGUUCCUUUGUUUCCCCAGUUUGCACGGUGUAUGGUGUUUACCAUCUCAUCCCACUUGUUCCUAUUCUGUCCUAAUACCCUGUAAAAGCUCUAGGAGUUGAAAUUCUUGGAGAACUAGUUCUUAUUUAACUGCGUAGUGCGUUUUGAACCCAUGUAUCCUCCCUCCUAUAUUCCUUUGGAAUCAAUCAGUCAUAGAAUCAUGAUCAUAUGCUAUUUUUAGGAAUAUCUUUGCUUGGAUAGAUGGACCUAUGAAGAUUAACUUUUUGGUGGCUCUGAAAUAAGAAUUGGUAGAGGCUUCUCUCUUGUUUCUGUUACUUGGUUUAAAUAUUGGGUUCUCCUGAGAGCUUGUCUCUUCUCUUUAUGUCAAUUGGUAAUAUUUGCAUGUUCAUUGAUUUCAUUUUGCUUGCAAAAAAGUUAUAUCUUGUAAACUGGCUUCUCUGCCUUGUGCUUACGUCUGUGCUUGAUGGCCAGAUAGUGUUUGUAAUUUUCAUGUAGUGAAGUAGAUCAAAUUUUUUGUAUGUACAUCUUUCUUUGUACUGCUCAAGGGUUAAAAAUUCUGUGUGAAUUUUCCGGCUCUGCCCAUUUUGCUAUUAUUUGCUUUUGCUAAUGUGUUUGUGUUACAGGAGAUUAAGAAGUUAAGGUACGAAUUAUGUCCAAGGGUGAUGAAGGAGAGGAAGUUCUGGCGGAUCUACUUCAUGCUUGUUAAUAGUCAUGUGGACCCGUAAGUUACUUUUCCCCCUUAAUAGAAGCUUUAGGUCUCAGUGCGGCAGAAAUGUAUUAGCUCAUUCAAACUGGUAGUCUUCAGCCAGUUUUAUGAUCUCAAUAUAAAAUGAUACUUUCUUCAUAAAAUACCGUUUGGGCCUCAGUUUAGGGAACGAAAAGUGUUGUUGGACUUCUUUAGCAUACCGAGAUACCAAAAUGUAGAUGUUGGGAUAUCCUAUGUAGAUGUUACAAAGCUAAGAGUUGUUCGUGAGUUCCAGAGUUCAUAUAGUUAUUUCAAGUGUUUACUUUUUGUUUGUUCUUCUCCGUUUGGGUGAUAAUGAUUACAUUAUCAGAAUGACUGUCAUUAGUGUGUCAGGAUAAGUUUGGUCCUUAAUGUACAUUGACUCUCUUUCAUAUAGUUCCUCUAUCUCAGUUUUAAGGAUCAUAUUGUGUUUCUAUCUGGGAUAACGUUGUGAUAAGGAUCUAUCAAAAAUUUUAAAUUAAAAGAAACGAUUAGUCUUUUGGCCUACAAAAAAAAGUAAGAUGAGCCUAGUUUAUGCCUUUCACAGGGAAUUUAUUUUUAUAUAGUACCAAUUAUAUGGAAUAGAAGAUGGAAUAGAAGCACAUUUGCCGAUACUCUGCCUAAUAUUUUAAGCAUGCAUAUCGAGCUUGAGCUCUUCUAUUCCUCUUUUAGUUUUCUUCCCAUGAACCAUUGAUCUGUUGUCAUUCACUUCAGGAUUUAGUAUGUCAGGAAAUAUUGUAAUUGUAGGAUUUUAGGACUGUCAAACAAGUCAGUUGAGGAAAUAUUGGGACUUAACGAUUUUCAAACAGCAGUUCAAUAAAUGAUGCAAUUUUACUUGAUAGGACUGAUCACAUUUUAGGUUUAGUCAUGCUCUUCCUUAUCUUUCUCUCGUUAAUGCUUACUUAACUGUAUUCUGAUUGAUCUUUGUUAACUGUUACGACUUACAACCUUAAAUAGGUAUGAAAAGCGAUAUGUGGAAGAGCAGAAAUUAAAGGCUACAGAAGAGUUGAAAGAAAAUCAAGCGAAUGAAAAGCCAUUGGCCGGAACAAGUUCUGGAGCUGCUGGGGCGGUAACAAACCAGAAAAGUAAGACUGCAACGUCUGAGCAAGAUCUGGAUGUAUUUCUCCUGGGAGAUGCUGGGGACAGUGACGAUGGCCCAGGUAUGUGAUUGAUGCACAUUCUGCAAGAAUUUUUACUGGUUAUCACCUAUGCUUCUUUUGACUGUAGCUAUAUACUUUCUUGCCUUGAUCGUUUGGUGGCCAUGGGGUUUAGUUAAGGUUUGGAUCUAAUGCUUUGAAUUUCAUAAUCAUUUGCUGGCUUAAUCUUGGUCAACUGCAAAUUGUACAAUUCAUACGAAGUAUUUCCAGUUAUCACGAUUUUUCUUCUGGUCUUGAGCUUUGAAUACAAUAAAUCCUUUAAUUGAGUUAGCUAUUCAUGCUCUUAUAGAGUCACUUGCACCAUGAGAUGACAUUUCGCUUUCUAAAUCUUUCUUUUGUCCUGGGAUAUUGCGAAACCACUCCAUCCCAGAGCCACCUAUGUUAUCAGCUCUGCAAGCUGUAGAGAUAUAUUAUGUUGAUGAACACUAAUAGUUCUCUUUUGUUUCUUAGAUGAUGGAGAUGAUGAUGGCUUUGAUGAUGAUUUUGACAAGAUAUAGACUGGUGAGCUUGGAAACAUUUCUCUUUCUGGUACUCAUUUCCUGCCCUGAUGUUUUCUGUUUUAUGUUAUUUGUCCUUCCGAAUUAUCCUUACGUUCUGUAUCCUCCCAACCAACAACACUAAUUUUCAGGUGGCAACAAGAUUGGGUGUGGUGAACUGUGAUGCUGCUCUUGACUUGGAAUGAUUUCGGAUUCAUAGUUGUUUAAUUAGUUUGGGUUAGAUACUUGAGAAAUGUGCCCAUCCUAUUUAAACAUGGCAAAAUAGAGGAAGAUUGAGCCCAGCAAUUCUUUCAAUCAUAUCGUGUAAUCCAUAACUGUGAUCUUAUGAUAUAGUUCAUGAGCUGAUUGUAUGGAAAGAAACGAAUUCUAAUGCCAUGUAUAUGUAGAUUAAUGAAUGUGAAAUAUAUAGAACAGAAGUAAUCAGGAAUUUCUGCGGCAAGAGGACUUGGGAAUCAAACCAGCCAAAGUUUUGGAUUCUUAUAAUUAUUGUUCUAAAAUUGAAAGGUUAACUGAAAUACUAGUAAACUUUAAGCGUUGUUUCAUUUCUUACGAAU